AUCCACAGCAGCACUUCAGUGAAACUGCAGACAGCUCGAACUGAACGCACGAACGAGGACUGAGAAUAGACCAAUUAGACACCAUGGUUUGGAGACUUUUCUUCGUGACAUUAUUACUAGCCCUAUUGGGAUCAAUGACAAGACAGGAAUCAGUGACGGAUGAAGUCUGUGGUUCAUUGGUAUCUUGUGAUGCAUGUGAAAAUGUGACUUCCUGCCAGUGGAUGAACUGCACAGGUGAUGUCAGUGCAGGCGUACCUAAGUGUGUUAAUAGCAGCAGUGUUGAUAACCAAACAGCCAACUGCGUGAAUAUGACCUGCACAGAACCAACACCGAGCUCGACCUCGACAGUGAGCCCCACCGCCGCUAACGCUACCAAUGCUACCACGAUAAUCGCUUCCUCGACAAUCACCUCCACUUCAGCUCCGACUACAAACGCGACCGCCGCAAACGGUACAUCAACCGCGUCACCUACAACUUCUCCAUCUAAGACGUCCACAUUUGAUGCCGCCAGUUUCAUCGGGGGAAUUGUGUUAGUCCUUGGCCUUCAAGCUGUCAUCUUUUUCCUUUACAAGUUCUGCAAAUCCAAGGAUCGCAACUACCACACCCUGUAACUCUCUGCCACCUGGAGGCCCCACACGGCACCACAAAACCUACACUCCGACCCCAAAAGAGAGAGAGAGAGAGAGAGCAGUACACACAGAUUCUAUGAUAUUUCUUAAACACUCUUGUGAUUCCCCCAUGUUUAGCCUCAUAAUUUGAUGCCUGUGAUUGGAGCUUAAGAAUUCAUUUAUAUUAGAGCUCUCACAAGCACUCAAGUUCGUUAACACAAAUUCACAAAAGUUUUUUUGAGCUGUGGAAUUAUGGGGUGUGCAAAAUGUGUCCUGCUGCUUUCAUGAACAACCACAACUUUCCAAAUUAAGUUAUGUCUUUAAAUGUUUCAAUUAUUUCAUUUUUGAUGACCACACAGUGAUUCGUCCCCUCAAUAUCUGGGUGUUUCCUCUGAGAAGGGGCAUGAGCCAGAAUCUUCUCAUCAUGCCUGUGGCAAUACUUCCCCCAUUUCCAGUGUUAAUUUCACUAUGGUCAGGUAUCUUCACUAGAACAGUGUUUUAUACAGUUGCCAUGACUUAUGGUUUUUUAUAUUCUACCCAGUCAUCUUCACCAAGUGCAAAAGUAAUAUCCGUUUAGUUUAGGAGUGA